UUCUUACUGAAACUCUGACCGGAAGUACAGUUGUUGCUGCUGGCCGCUGAACCCAAUUUUCUGAAUGAGAUUGCUGUUAGUGUGUAGGAAUCACGCGAUCGUGUUCUGCGGUGACUCCGCUGCUGCGCAGAAAAGUGAAUUUGUUUUGACACACAGAGGAGAAUGUCUGCAACUGUGCAAAAUCCUUUUCAAGAUAUAGUUGAGCCCCUGGACCCUAAGGACCCAAAGCAGCAAUUUUACAAUCUUUCCAGACUUGGAGAUCCCAGAUAUGACCGGCUGCCAUUCUCCAUUCGGGUCCUCCUGGAAUCUGCUGUCAGGAACUGUGAUGAGUUUCUGGUGAAGCGCUCGGAUGUGGAAAACAUCCUCAACUGGAAGCAGACCCAAACUCAAAGUGUGGAGGUCCCAUUCAAACCAGCGCGCGUCAUUCUCCAGGACUUCACUGGUGUCCCUGCUGUGGUGGACUUUGCUGGGAUGCGGGAUGCAAUGAUGACACUAGGUGGAGAUCCGGAGAAGAUUAAUCCUAUUUGUCCUGCUGACCUCGUCAUCGAUCACUCUAUCCAAGUUGACUUCAACAGGAAGUCUGACAGCCUUCAGAAAAAUCAGGACUUGGAAUUUGAGCGUAACAGAGAGCGAUUUCAGUUCUUAAAGUGGGGCUCUAAAGCCUUCAGGAACAUGCGGAUCAUUCCUCCUGGUUCAGGGAUUGUUCACCAGGUCAACCUGGAGUACUUGGCUAGAGUGGUCUUUAACCAUGAUGGGUACUUCUACCCUGAUAGCCUGGUGGGAACUGACUCCCACACCACAAUGAUUGACGGACUGGGAGUCCUGGGCUGGGGAGUGGGUGGAAUUGAAGCGGAGGCUGUUAUGCUGGGUCAGCCGAUAAGUAUGGUUCUACCUGAGGUGAUGGGAUACAGGCUGCAUGGUACCCCAGACAAGCUCAUUACCUCCACUGACAUCGUUCUCACUGUUACUAAGCACCUGCGUCAGGUCGGUGUUGUGGGGAAGUUUGUGGAGUUUUUUGGCCCUGGUGUUGCUCAGUUGUCCAUUGCUGACCGAGCCACCAUCGCCAACAUGUGUCCAGAGUACGGAGCCACGGCAGCUUUCUUCCCUGUGGACGAUGUCAGUGUUCAGUACCUUGAGCAGACAGGACGAGACUCAGAAAAGCUGGCCUACGUCACAAAGUACCUGAAGGCAGUCGCCAUGUUCAGAGAUUACAAUGAUGUCUCUCAGGACCCAGAUUUCACUCAGGUUGUUGAGCUAGAUCUGAACACAGUUGUUCCAUGCUGCAGUGGUCCCAAAAGACCUCAGGACAGAAUUCCUGUUUCUGACAUGAAAAAAGACUUUGAAACCUGCCUAGGAGCAAAGCAAGGUUUCAAGGGUUUCCAAGUGGAUCCUGAACAUCACAGCACUGUGGUUCCCCUCCAGUUUAAUGGAAAGGAGUAUACAUUAAGCCACGGCUCGGUGGUCAUUGCUGCUAUCACCAGCUGCACCAACACCAGCAACCCAUCUGUCAUGCUAGGAGCAGGACUCCUUGCUAAAAAGGCAAUAGAGAGUGGCUUGACCGUGAAGCCGUACAUAAAGACAAGCCUGUCGCCUGGCAGUGGAGUGGUCACCUAUUACCUAAAGGAAAGUGGUGUUAUGGACUACCUCUUUCAGCUGGGCUUUGAGGUUGUUGGCUAUGGUUGCAUGACCUGUAUUGGCAACAGUGGGCCGCUCCCGGAGCCGGUUGUGGAGGCCAUAACCCAGGGAGAUCUGGUUGCUGCAGGUGUCCUAUCAGGAAACAGAAACUUUGAAGGCAGAGUCCACCCCAACACCAGAGCAAACUACCUGGCUUCUCCACCACUUGUCAUCGCCUAUGCAAUAGCCGGCACUGUGAGGAUAGACUUUGAGAAGGAGCCCAUUGCAAUUAGCUCUGAAGGUAAAGAGAUUUUCCUAAGAGAUAUCUGGCCCACACGAGAGGAGAUUCAGGCUGUGGAGAGAAUGUUUGUCAUCCCAUCAAUGUUCAAAGAAGUCUAUGAGAAGAUUGAGAAAGUGAAUGAACGAUGGAACUCUCUGGUUGCCCCCUCUGAUAAGCUUUACACUUGGGACCCCAAAUCAACGUACAUCAAGUCACCGCCGUUCUUCGAUGGUUUAACCAUGAAGCUGCAGCCACACAAGUCCAUAACAGAUGCCUACGUGCUUCUGAACUUGGGCGACUCUGUGACCACAGACCACAUUUCUCCUGCAGGGAACAUUGCCAGGAGCAGUGCUGCAGCGCGCUACCUGACCAGCAGAGGUCUGAGCCCUCGUGACUACAACUCGUAUGGCUCGCGCAGGGGCAACGACGCUGUCAUGGCCAGAGGGACGUUUGCCAACAUCCGCCUCUUUAACAAGUUCCUCAACAAACAGGCACCACAAACCAUUCACCUGCCAACUGGAGAAAUGAUGGAUGUGUUUGAUGCUGCGGAGAGGUACCAGCAGUCAGGAGUCCCUCUGCUGGUUCUAGCAGGGAAGGAGUACGGCUCCGGCAGCUCCAGAGAUUGGGCAGCGAAGGGCCCCUUUCUACUGGGCAUUAAGGCAGUUAUAGCAGAGAGCUAUGAGCGGAUCCACCGCAGUAACCUGGUUGGGAUGGGAGUGAUUCCUCUGGAAUAUCUACCAGGAGACACCGCAGACAGUCUGGGACUGACUGGCCGAGAGUGCUACACUAUCAUCAUCCCUGAGCAGCUCACACCCAGGAUGGUAGUUGAUGUGAAGCUCGACACAGGAAAAACAUUCCAAGUGAGGAUGAGAUUCGACACCGAUGUGGAGCUGGCCUAUUUCCACCAUGGAGGCAUUCUCAACUACAUGAUCCGCAAGAUGUCCGAAAACUAACACGCCGAGGAGGAGAGCAACACGUCGAUUUUCUAGAUCUGAGCUGCAGCCUACACGGUGUCACCUUGGUGAAGAAUACCGCCCCCCCGC